GCAGCAGUGAAGGCCGCCGCCCGAGCCGACCGCGACAAGGGGUUUCAUCACCACCACCACCACCACCACCAGCAUCACAAUCAACACCAUCAUCAGGCCAGCUCGCAUUCUUAUUCCCAAUCACAAAUGGCCGUAUCUCAACAGCCACCGCCACCGCUGCCACCGUUGCCCGCGCUGCCAACAUUGCAACCACCGCCACCCUCGCCACCGCAGCACACCUCAACCUACACUCAUCAGCAUAGCCCUCCGCAUGGAAACUCGUCUGCCAUCCGCGACCGAGUUCAACUUCAUUGCUCCACUGCGUCAAUUACCACCUCGGCUGGCGGCCAGAUCAGCCCACUGGCUGGUCCGUUCACCACGUCUGCGUCUGGGUUCGACAGCAGCCCUCUUGGUGAGACCGAUUCUCUGACUAGGCCUAAUCGAGGAGUCAGGUCGCUGGGGCCGGAUUCAAGUCCGGGGAUUGUAGAUGAAGUAAGGCAUUUGCAGCUACGACUUGCCAUGGGUCUCACGGAGGAACAGUUUCACAGCCUAAUUCAAGGUAAAAAGGGAUUUAAUGAAUUAUGA